GUGCAACUUCCGCUGACUUUAGAGUAAUGAAAUGGGUGAAGUCAAAUUCUCCAGGACCGUCGGAUUAAUAAUCCCAGUUGAUCGAAGAGGGUGAGCUAAUUCUAUAUAAUUCGACCAACAACCCAUGACUCUAUCACUUCUCCUCCCAUGGCGAUGACCAAAACCAUUCUGAAACUUGACAUUGCAUGCCACAAAUGCAAGACCAAAGUCCUCAAAGCUGUUACUGCCAUAGAAGGGGUGGACAAGAUUGAGAUGGACGAAGCCAAGGGGACCUUGGCCGUGACGGGCACGGCGGAUCCCUACGACAUAGUUACACGUACCCGGAAGGCCAUUUCUUGCGCUGGCAAGAUUGCUGAUAUAGACACCAUUGGACCGCCACCCAAGCCCAACCCACCGCCCAAAUUAGGAGGCAGCUAUGUUGAAUAA